CGUGCAUCGCACACAUGUGGCCCCUGAUCAGAGCAGAACGUGUCUGGAGCAAAAGCAACCGGACUCUAUCAGCGGCAGCUGUUUGAAUCAUUAAAACAGGAUUAUCCAUCCAUACACAAUAAAGGAAAAUGAGACCAGGUUUCAGCCCUAGAGGAGGUGGCCGAGGUGGUUUUGGAGGAAGAGGAGGAGGAUUUGGAGGAAGAGGAGGAGGAGACCGUGGAGGAAGAGGAGGAUUUAGAGGAGGUAGAGGUGGUGGCGGUGGAGGAUUCCGGUCCCCUGGAGGUGAUGGUGGCUUCCGUGGACGAGGGGGCGGACGUGGCACUCCUAGGGGCCGGGGAGGACGAGGAGGGUUCAGAGGGGGCAAACAGGUGACUGUAGAGCCCCACAGACAUGAAGGGGUUUUUAUCUGCCGUGGUAAAGAGGACGCUCUGGUCACAAAGAACAUGGUGGUCGGAGAAUCUGUGUACGGAGAAAAGAGAAUAAAUGUUGAGGAAGGGGAAACUAAAAUUGAGUACAGAGCAUGGAAUCCUUUCCGGUCGAAGCUGGCCGCAGCCAUUUUAGGAGGUGUUGACCAGAUCCACAUUAAGCCAGGAGCGAAGGUCAUGUACUUAGGAGCCGCAUCAGGAACUACUGUAUCCCAUGUUUCUGACAUCGUUGGACCGGAGGGAUUGGUGUAUGCGGUGGAGUUCUCCCACAGAUCAGGCAGAGACUUGCUGAAUGUGGCCAAAAAGAGAACCAACAUUAUUCCCAUCAUUGAAGAUGCACGACACCCACACAAAUAUCGCAUGCUUGUUGGUAUGGUGGACGUCAUCUUUGCUGAUGUUGCUCAGCCUGACCAAACAAGAAUUGUUGCCCUCAAUGCACACAAUUUCCUGAAGAAUGGAGGACAUUUUGUUAUUUCCAUCAAGGCUAACUGCAUUGAUUCAACAGCCGCUCCAGAGGCAGUGUUUGCAUCAGAGGUUAAGAAGAUGAGCUCUGAGAACAUGAAACCUCAGGAGCAGCUGACACUGGAGCCGUAUGAGCGAGAUCACGCAGUUGUUGUGGGAAUCUACAGACCGCCACCCAAGCAGAAGAAGUAGGGUUUCUCUGGAAAUUCAUCACUAGUCACAUCCUUCUUUCUCCUGAAAUAUACGCUUCUGCCACUAGAUGGACCUACAGUUUGCAGAUGACAAAAGACUGAUAAAAGUGAACCAUUUUCUCUUGUCCUCAGGGUUGGGAGUGUACCCCUUUAUACCUGAUUGGAACAGGCAACAUAUUCUUUAUGGAGAGUAACUCUGCUCCCGUUUUUUUUAUUUUUAUGAUCAUCUGUCAUGUAGUAAUCUACUAUGAAUUUUGUGUUUUGCUUGUAAGAAUUGUUGAAAGCUCGAUGUGUUGUUAAAUAAAUCAACAGUUUUGCUUAUA